GACAGACCGAACAUAUAAGAAGGAAACCAGAGAUCUGGUGCUAUUACAUCCCAGAGUCUAAGAGACCGAAUAAGCUCAGAAUUCAAAGCAUUCUUCAGCCUGAAUUUUUAAGGAGUGCAUUUAGGAACCAGAAAAGCUGAUUUAUGAUAACUGCUUUAAACUCAAGCAACCAAAAGCGUACGAAUUAGAAGUUGCUGACAUUUCAAUAUGAAGGACAACUUCAGUCUUGCCACCAUCAGCAAAAACCUUACCAGCAGUCUGGAACUUGCCAACGUAUCUGGCAACAAUGAGUCCACCUUUAACUGCUCACAUAAACCAUCAGAUAAGCAUUUAGAUGCAAUUCCCAUUCUGUAUUACAUUAUUUUUGUGAUUGGAUUUUUUGUUAAUACUGUUGUGGUUACACUGUUCUGUUGUCAAAAGGGUCCUAAAAAGGUUUCUAGCAUUUACAUCUUCAACCUGGCUGUGGCUGACUUACUUCUUUUGGCUACUCUUCCUCUCUGGGCAAGCUAUUAUUCUUACAGAUAUGACUGGCUUUUUGGACCUGUGAUGUGCAAGGUUUUUGGUUCUUUUCUGACUCUGAAUAUGUUUGCAAGCAUUUUUUUUAUUACCUGUAUGAGUGUUGAUAGGUACCAAUCAGUUAUCUACCCCUUUCUGUCUCAAAGAAGAAAUCCCUGGCAGGCAUCUUACAUAGUUCCCCUGGUUUGGUGUAUGGCCUGUCUGUCCUCAUUGCCAACAUUUUAUUUCCGAGAUGUCAGAACCAUUGAGUACCUAGGGGUGAAUGCUUGUGUUAUGGCUUUCCCACCUGAGAAUUAUGCCCAGUGGUCAGCUGGGAUCGCCUUAAUGAAAAAUAUCCUUGGUUUUAUUAUCCCUUUAAUAUUUAUAGCAACAUGUUACUUUGGAAUCAGGAAACACUUACUGAAGACCAACAGCUAUGGGAAGAACAGAAUAACCCGUGACCAAGUCCUGAAGAUGGCAGCUGCUGUUGUCCUGGCGUUCAUCAUUUGCUGGCUUCCCUUCCAUGUUCUGACCUUCCUGGAUGCUCUGGCCUGGAUGGGUGUCAUUAAUAGCUGUGAAGUUAUAGCAGUCAUUGACCUGGCACUUCCUUUUGCCAUCCUCCUGGGAUUCACCAACAGCUGCGUUAAUCCCUUUUUGUAUUGUUUUGUUGGAAACCGAUUCCAACAGAAGCUCCGCAGUGUGUUUAGGGUUCCAAUUACUUGGCUCCAAGGCAAGAGAGAGAGUGUGUCUUGCCGAAAAAGCAGUUCUCUUAGAGAAAUGGACACCUUUGUGUCUUAAAAAUGAGAGUGGAAUGCAUGCAACCAAUAUGGCUAAUUGUCCUGAGGCCCAUCAGAUUUAUCUUUAAAUGGCUUUAGCAAUAGAAGUCCCUCCCCCUUAUCUAAUCUUUACUCAUUCUUCUAAAACAGGAAACAAAGUGUAACUAAAUUUUAUCCUUCAGUGACUUUCAGGAAUUGUCCAUUGUUUUUCUGGUAUAUUGGUUCAAGACUGUCAUUAGUGAGAC